ACUGAUUAGAUUUACAAUGUGGAUCACCAGCAACUGAACGAGACCCUGCUGCCAGUCUCAGUCAACGUAGACAUGGUUCGAGUGAUGGAGGUGUUUCUGACUCAGCUGCGAUUACUAUUGGGUAUACAGAAAGUACAGCCCCCUCCUCAAUCCCUUGUCCAAAGUCCUGGGAACAUGAUUGCCACUGACUGGGAGAUUGACCGCCUGCUCUGGGUGAGAACAGUGGAAAAUAUUGCCACUGCAACAAAUACACUGACCUCCUUAGCUCAGCUCCUCGAUGAAAUUGGAAACAUCGUGAUUAAUGAUAACGUCGCCUCUGAGGUGUACAGUGCCCUGGCCUCUGUUCAACAAUCACUUGAGGAGUUGGAGGCCGGGCGACUCUUGCCAGCAUUUAAGGCCAGCAAAGAUGGCAUCACUUCAUCCGAGAAAGCUUUCUUUGAUCCAUCUCUCCUCCACCUACUGUACUUCCCAGAUGAUCAGAAGUUUGCCAUUUACAUCCCCUUGUUUCUGCCAAUGUGUGUCCCCAUUAUGCUGUCCCUAUUAAAGACCGCCAAGGACUUUAAAUGGAAAAAGAAGGUGAAUUGAGGAGAUGGUGAACUGGCAAUGAACAAUUGAUGGUUUCACGUGGACUUGAGAUAUGUCAAUUAUGAAAGAAUAUUGGAUAAUAGGGCUCAAAUAUUUGUAAAUGUUUUGGAUUUUGUUCAAUUUAAAUUAUUGGAACGUCUUGCCCUCUUUACUGAUUGCAUGACGAAAUGGAGUUCUGCAGAUACCUGCAGCCUGAGUAGGUCAGCAAACAUAGGAGUGAUGGGUGAUUGGGUUAUGAAGCAAGUCUUGGACAAUGUCGAUGCCUCGGUUUUAUGCACAGCUUGAUUGAUUGAUUUAUUGUCACGCGUACUCAAGUACAGUGAAAAGCUUAAAUUCAAGAGGGUACUAAAUAUGAAUAUAUCUGACAUCUCUGAA